UACAAAUGACGCUACAUGUACAGGACUAAAAAUUUCGACGACAAAAACUUACUAUGAUAAGCGACCAGCAGUGUUGUGGAGGCCGCCGCCCUGGACGCUGGAUCAUGGCUGACCCUCUCUCUGAGUUCUGCUCCCCUGAGGACCUUAAGAUAUUUGAACAGAAUUACAAUGAGGAAAUGUGUAAAGGGGUAAUAUCCAGCAAGACACAGUUUGAGUACGCCUGUUUCCUAGUUCGCAGCAAGUACCCAGCAGACAUCCAGCGAGGAGUAGUGCUCCUGGAAGAACUCUACAAGCGUCCAGAUGAAAUUGGCAAACGCGACUAUAUAUACUACCUGGCUAUUGGAAAUGCGCGGUUAAAGGAAUACCAGGUAGCACUUAAGUACUUGAAGGGGCUUCUACAAGUAGAACCAGGAAAUCGACAAGUUUUGGAGCUUGAAACUUGCAUUAAGAAAAGAAUGGAGAAAGAUGCUAUGAAAGGAGCAGCAAUAGCAGGUGGUGCCCUCCUUGGUCUUGGAGCGCUGGUGGGGCUCGGUGUGGCGCUGAGCAAGAGGCACUAAGCUUGUCCUCGUAACUUGAAUGUGAUCUCCAGCACUUGCCUAAGAUGGUUUGAAUCAAGUCUUUUUAUUUCACAUAAUUUAUGUAUAUAUAAUUCAGAAUGUGUGAUCUUGCUGUUGAAAUAAAUACUGAUAGUUUCAAACCCAUUCCAUGAUCCAUGUCAGUGGUUGAGGGAGAAUACAUCAUACUGUGUUUUAUUCUUUAAACAUGUGCUAGAUUACUGUAUAAAUACAAUUGGUCAAAAGUACCCUAAGGUUAGGAUGUAUUAUAAUAGGCAAUAAUGCUUUCAAAGAUAAUUUAUCAAGCAUUUUGUUGCAGUAUGUAUGUCCACUUGAUAAGCUUCCUAAGUUCCUCAGUCGACCACUGCAAACCAUUUGGUAUACGAUAGAUAGGGAAGACAAUAUAUGUAGAAGUCAAAAAUUAAAAGCUCUAAAUAGUUUGAGGUAUGACAAGUGUUUCACAAUUCUACACAACUCGUACAGUAUGUGCAUUACGACUUUAUAUUGGCACAUCAACGGCAUGUUUAAAUACCUGAACUCGUCACUGCUCUUCCUGGAUAUUAUUUAUAAAACUUGCUGGAGAGAAGUGAAUUAUCCUGAAUGAAUUUGGUUAUUGAUAUAAUGGGUAAUUAUCAUCUGUAAUAUCAACGACUAACUUUAUACAUAUAGAAAGGUUGUACAUGUAAAUCUGUUGAGCUCUAUCACUUAAGCUUUUGUGCACGAUCAAUGGUUUGAGGUUACAUCCAGAUGCUAAUAAGAAAUUGUGGUGGAUAUCAAUAUCUAUGCCAGACACCUUCAGCCUGAAAUGGAUUUACUGUGAUGUCGAAUUAGAUCAAGUUUGCAGCUUUCAAAAUAGUUUAUAAGUCAGUUUCCUAUUAUGUAACCAAAGAACAUUAGUUUUUCUAUUCUUUAUUUUGGGAUUUUCUUUACAAUCAGUUGUCACAUUGUCAGAGGUGAUUGCUUAAUGUUGUAGCAUUACUUUAAUUAAACAUGUCCCACGUUAAGAGUGUACACAAUGGAUUAUCCAGUACUGCUUUAUCACUUGUAUGUACUCUUAUGUUGGUCAUUUAUAAGGAACUUGUAAAAAUAUGCUUAUUAAAAAUCUUGUAUAGAUAACAUUUGGCUUAUGAAUAUAUACCAAUGGUGCGUGGUUGGUAUUGAAUCAGGCCAUGCUGAAGAUUAUACAAAGUUGGACUAUUCAAGUUGUACAAAACCUAUGGUAUAGUAUGGUAUAGCCUCCAAAGGAUACUUGAUCAACCAGGCUGUGACUCAUACGUCAGGCUGCGAGCAGCCGCGUCCAACAGCCUGGUUGAUCAGUCCGGCAACCAGGAGGCCUGGUCGACGACCGGGCCGCGGGGACGCUAAUCCCCGGAAGCACCUCAAGGUAAGGUAGCAUACAGUAUCAGCAUUUAUAUACUGUAUAUGCUAUAUUUUAAAAUAGGACAUAAAUGUGAAAUAUCAGAAUAUUAAGCAAUAUAUUAAUGAGCAAAGUUUGAACAUAUUUUACUUGCCUGUUGUAUUUAUACAUUAGUUCUAUAUCAUGUUAACCACUCAAGAACAUUAUCAUAGUUUUUUCUUUUUUUUCCUUCAUUCGAUACAUAGAUUUUUCUAAUUUGGAAGUAAAUAAUGACCACUCAAGUUGUCUUGCCCCUUGCACACCUCUAGUAUUUGGUAAUUCACUCCUUUUCUGCAGUAAAACAAAAGCAUUUAGGAUGACUGUAGGAGUUAUGCUGCAACAGUAUUGCUUAACCCAUUUUAAACCCACUCAUGAGCUUGUUUUCUGUUAUGAACACAUCUGAUGCAUGUACAUGUGAGAAUUUAAAAUCUAAAUGAAGCCACUAGUUAAUUUUUCAAAUGAAUAUAAUCAUUAUAGGAUCUCUUAGUACAGUUGGCUCCGUUCUCAAAUCAAAUUUGGGAUCCUAGGUCGGGCAAGUUUUCUUUUACCUAAUGCCUUUGUUCACCUAGCUCAGCAUUUGGUUCUUAGAUGAUGGUAUGCCCACAUUCCCUUCUGGAGAACAUCGGACAAAUUAGAGGGAGAGAGACAACUGAAGCCUCGGCUUUAACCAUUUCAAGAAUGAAAGUCUCCCUUAACCCAUACAUUAUAACUUUAUUACAAAUAUCUUGGCUGAGGUUCUGUAUUUGCCAUACUAUAUAAUUACAAUAUUAUAUACUGUAUAAUGGACAAAAUUAGAGUAAUUGGUAAAUUUGUACCAAGAUUUGUGCUGUUGAGCCCAUAUUGUGCUGUAUUUGAGGAAUACACGCAUGCAUUAGUGUGUGUAUCCUCAAAUGUAAUGAUGUAUAUUGAUGCACACAUUGCCAAUGCAUCUGUACUUGCAGGCAGCUUUGCUCAUUCAUUACUGUUGUAUUCCUUCUAUAGCACAUUUCUUUGUAUUUUAAGAUUUGCAUUAAAUGUCUAAAAUAUCCCCAGGCCACUUCACAUGUGUGCCCCUUUGUCUCUCGCAUUUUUUUUUUAGAACCAAGUAUAAUAAUAAAAAUAUUAACUGUA